AUGUUAAUAAGUGAACCGGACUAAGGUUUGGCAUCAUGGAAGGAUCAAAAGCAUUUAUGAUUGAUUUUCUGGCGGGCGGAGUAUCGGCAGCGAUUGCAAAAACUUCAGUAGCACCUAUAGAACGGGUAAAAUUGCUUUUACAAGUGCAACACUCCUCGAAACAGAUUACAAAAGAUAAACAGUACAAAGGUAUGAUGGACGCAUUUGUUCGCAUACCGAAAGAGACCGGAUUUCUCAGUUUCUGGAGAGGCAACACGGCUAACGUAAUACGAUAUUUCCCCACCCAAGCCUUGAAUUUUGCGAUUAAGGACAAGUAUAAGGAAUUAUUCUUGGGCGGCGUACCCAAGGAAGAUUUCUGGAGACAUUUCGCCGGUAAUUUAGCAUCCGGAGGAGCCGCGGGAGCAACGUCCUUAUUUUUCGUAUAUCCCCUCGAUUUUGCCCGAACCAGAUUAGCCGUUGACGUUGGCAAAGGGGACCAGAGAGAGUUCAAGGGAAUGGGCGACUGUAUAUUAAAAAUUUUUAAAACGGACGGACUCUUUGGUCUCUAUCGAGGAUUCACCGUAAGCGUCCAGGGAAUAAUUUUCUAUCGCGCCGCAUAUUUCGGAUUGUACGACACUUGUCGAGGAUUAUUGCCCGACCCUAAAAGUACGCCGCUUUAUAUAAACUUCAUAAUUGCUCAGAUUGUUACGACGACGUCGGGGAUUAUAUCGUACCCACUCGAUACGGUUCGAAGGCGGAUGAUGAUGCAGUCCGGUCUGAAAAAAUCGGAAGUCAUGUACAAAAAUACUUUAGACUGUUGGGUGAAGAUAAUGAAAACCGAGGGUCCUGCAGCCUUUUUUAAGGGAGCAUUUUCUAACGUUCUUCGAGGCACAGGAGCGGCUCUAGUCCUAACUUUGUACGAUACGGUCAAAGACGCUAUUCAAGAUGCCUUAACAUAAUAUUUUCAAACUUUUGUCAUACUAAUAUCUAUGUAUCUAAGUUCAGUCUAACGUUAUAAAGAUAGUCGGGUGCAGAUCUGCAUAAUGAAGUUCGGUUUUUACUGUGACUAGAACGAUGACAGCGAACAGUGGCUUGUUAAUUUUUACACAGUGUUGACCUUCUAAAUAAAGAGGGGAACCAGAGGGUUGCCCGAAUUUAUUGUAAAA